AUGGAUAAUACUUUAUUACUGUACUUAGGUCUAGAAUUUUCUAUCCAUUCUUUAUACAAUAUUUACUCCUCAAAAAGACCUCCUCCAAAAUGUGUCGCCUGUUCUAACCUUCUUCAGUCGGUCUCUUCAUUUCUGAAGGCCGCGUCAGUGGCGCUGCACAACUUCCUCAACUCUCCCCUGUCUUCAGCAAGCAUCUGCGCCAGGGUGAUGCAUCUGUCGGUAGCAGCCGCCAGUGACAUGUGCUGUAAAACAAAACCAGAGGGCCGAGGGGUGAGAUUUCCUAAACCAGGUGAGAGUAACUUCACAUAUGUUGCCACGUGUGGGGAACCCCUUUACAGGUGCUGUUACGUGAAUGAAUUCAUUGUUGGCCGCUUCAUUGACAAAUGUGGCAUUUGGCGCGCAAUUUUGGCGGGAGAAAGGGCGGUAGUUAAAAUAAUAAAUAAUAACUUUAUGGUUCUACCAAUAUGUACUGGCAUCGAUAUGUAG